GGUAAUUACAUCUUUGGGGGAAAGACUGGAAACGCUUAGAAACCGCAAGUCAUCGACAACUUUUGUUUCCAUUCGAUUCAUCGGUGCUGGGCUUUCUCAAGGACCCUCUCGAAGGCUUUCAUAGCUCCUCCUCCUUCAUCGUCUAGCUCGUUCUGCUCAUCACUUCGCCAUGCUGCCGGCCAAGCGCAACAAGAUCGACAUCAGUAAACUGUCGGAGGAGGAGCAGAAGCUCUUUCGACUGUACGGCAAACUUCCCGCACACAAGAACAUCUUGACCAAGAUGCAAGGGGACCGGAAAUAUUUCGAUUCAGGUGACUAUGCACUCUCCAAAGCUGGGGUCGCACCACAGAACACCGUUGGCACUGCGAUCCCCAAUCCAGACAACAUCCCACACGCAUCAUCGCCGCCAACAUCCCACACCGGCGGAUUAAGCGUAUCUCCCACGAAUAGCUCAUGUCCUGCAAAAGAGAGCUCGCUCUCCCAUUCCGAGGAAGAAGAGCCAGAGAAGGAAGACGCAGAUGCAGGGGACCAGGAAGAAGCAUAGACACUUACUCUUUUCUCUUCUCCUUCCCUUCCGUGCCCUUCCAUAUCCCAACUUAUUGAUUCUUCAAAGAGCUUGAAGACGCUACGUUUCGCUCGUGUAUUCCCUACGUAUCGUCGGUAACACCCCAACCCAUGCCUUCUGGAUUCAAUGCUUGGCUACCCUCCCCUGAUCUGUAGUCUGCUGUAGUCUUGAAUCUGUUUGUAUCAGUAACUACAUAGUAGGAUCCGCUCAUCGUACAUUCAUCUGUUCGUGUUCUGCAGGUGUUAUCUAUAAUAAUUCUGAA